AGAUUAUCAUUUUACCCUUGAAAGUGGACAACUCCGUCCAAUCUCGGGUAUUGGUCUAUUAGCCAUUCAGCUGAAUCAACUCCCGGUCCUAGCUAAGUAGCUAGUGCCUGGUUGAGCAAUAUUUGUGAUACUCCACUUCUCAUGUCAAAAAAAAUAAAAAAUAAAAAAAAAUAAAAAAAAGUAAUAUUAAAGUAAUUACUCCGUAGUUGAUUUGUAUUAAGCAUGUUUGUCAUCUACUAAUGCUGAAGAAGAAGCUGAUUCAGGAUCCAAAAAUCGAUGAUCAUUUUCUUCUUCUUCUUCUUCUUCUUCCAACUCUAGGUUUCCACUUUCAAAAGUCAAAUUGCAAUUUCCAGUGAAGUUGUAAUCAAUGGCGUUUUGGUGGCCAUUGUUAGUGCUUCUAUUUGCUUACGCCAUUUGCAGAUUUCUCUUGAUGCUCAUUCCUCCUAAUGUUCCUUCUAUCGACGUUGAUGUUUCCGACGUUGUUGAUGACGGAAAUCAAACCAAGGAGAACAGUUUUAUCUAUAUACCAACAAGGGGAAGACAAACAGACAAAGUGCAAUGCUAUGAACCAGCUACAAUGAAAUACCUAGGAUUCUUUCCGGCAUUGAAGCCAGACGAGGUUCGAGAACGUGUUGAACAAGCAAGGAAGGCACAGGAAAUUUGGGCCAAAAGUACCUUCAAGCAAAGACGGCAAUUUUUACGUAUACUUUUAAAGUACAUAAUUGAGCAUCAGGAUCUAAUAUGCGAGAUCUCUUCUCGUGAUACUGGAAAGACAAUGAUUGAUGCUUCCUUGGGUGAGAUAAUGACAACAUGUGAAAAAAUACAUUGGCUUCUAUCAGAAGGCGAAAAGUGGUUGAAGCCUGAAUACAGGAGUUCUGGAAAGUCGAUGCUUCACAAGAGAUCUAAAGUAGAAUAUCAUCCUCUAGGGGUUAUUGGUGCCAUUGUCUCGUGGAAUUAUCCAUUUCAUAAUAUCUUUAAUCCAAUGCUAGCUGCAGUCUUCUCAGGAAAUGGUAUUGUUAUCAAGGUUUCAGAGCAUGCUAGUUGGUCUGGUUGUUUCUACUUUCGGAUAAUUCAAACAGCCUUGGCUGCAGUGGGAGCUCCUGAGAAUUUGGUUGACGUGAUAACAGGAUUUGCUGAAACAGGGGAAGCAUUGGUGUCUUCAGUAGAUAAAAUCAUUUUUGUGGGUUCACCUGGUGUGGGCAAGAAGAUAAUGAGAAAGGCUUCUGAGACACUCAUUCCAGUGACACUUGAGCUUGGUGGGAAAGACGCAUUUAUUGUGUGUGAAGAUGUAGACGUCGAACAUGUUGCUCAGGUGGCUGUUAGAGCUGGUCUUCAAUCAAGUGGGCAGAACUGUGCAGGGGCUGAGAGGUUUUAUGUUCAUCGCGAUGUUUACAAUGCUUUUGUUGCUCAGGUGGUCAAGAUUGUCAAGUCUGUUACAGCGGGCCCUCCUCUCGCAGGGAAAUGUGAUAUGGGCGCAAUUUGUAUGCAAGACCAUGUGGAAAAGCUUCAAAGCCUUGUAAUCGACGCCUUGGACAAAGGAGCAGAGAUUGCUGGUCGUGGACGAUUCGGGAAUUUGGGGACGGAUGCUGUUGAUCAGUUUUUUCCACCAACUGUACUAGUAAAUGUGAACCACUCCAUGCUCAUUAUGCAAGAAGAGGCUUUUGGACCAAUCAUGCCCAUCAUGAAAGUUAGCUCUGACGAGGAAGCUAUCAGGCUGGCAAAUGACUCAAGAUUUGGGCUUGGCUGUGCUGUAUUUUCUAGAAGUCAGAGUCGAGCCAGAAGAAUUGCAUCACAGCUACACUGUGGAAUUGCCGCAAUUAAUGACUUUGCAUCUAAUUACAUGUGCCAGUCCCUACCUUUUGGCGGUGUAAAGGACAGUGGCUUUGGUAGAUUUGCUGGUAUCGAGGGGUUAAGGGCCUGCUGUCUUGUAAAAUCAGUGGUUGAAGAUAGAUGGUGGCCAUACGUCAAGACCAAAAUACCGAAACCCAUUCAGUAUCCUGUUGCAGAUCAUGCCUUUGAAUUCCAGCAAACUCUGGUUGAAACACUUUAUGGUUUGAACAUAUGGGACCGCUUGCGAGCCUUGGUUAAUGUCAUUAAGGUUUUAACUGAGCAUAACUCACCUAGUGCUGGCAGCAGUAGGAGAAGUGAUUGAGUCUUGUUUGCAGACUUCUUUUAACUCCAGAGAGGGAAAAAAUGAAGAAUAUCUGAAUUUUGACUACGCAAUUGUGUAUAUAGGAGGGUCAUUGGUGCAAGUUUGUCCACUAAUUUUCAAACUCUAGGUGAUGCUUAUGAGCUGAUGGCAUUCAUGUGUAGGCUAUACAUAAAAUUCAGAUGCAGUGACUGUUCAGAAGUAGUCAUUAGCUUACCAUGUUGGCAAUUUUGCAACUUACAGUCACAAUCUGGAUAUGAAAACAUGUUUUUAUCUCAUGCUUUUUACAUUACCACGUGUCCACGUGUACUGAUGUUUUCAAGCUAUGGAAUGUAUGGAUCAUAGCUUCACUGAAUGGCUUAAUACUUUUUGUCGGUCUAUAUACACUAGAAGGUUACUAAAAUUCGUAAUUAGGGCACCAGUGAUCUUCCAAGGAGUCAUUUUCUGCCGUCGCGUACUCCUUGAAGAUGGUUUUCUGCUGGCUACA